CUCAGUUGAAAACACGUUACGCGCCUGUGCAGAGCGUUUUUGCGCUAUCCAAACGUUUCCAAUCCAAUCCGAUCAGAUCCCAAGCCACUAGAUUCGAAAGUUUUACACCGCGUGCAUCAACAGCAACAACAACAAGAGCAGCAACAAUAACAAUUCCGACCGUUAGAUUGAACUACGGAAACGGAAAGUAAAAGCCCCGAUCGCGACCAGAUUCAAAGGCAGACAGAAAUGGCCGAGACAAUCAACAACAAGCCGACCAUACAGAUCCGGAGCGGACUGCCCUCACCGUUGCCGGACAAGAGUCCCUCACCGGCCACCAAGCUGCUGAUCAGCCACGGCAAGCCCAACUUCACUAUUGCUCGUUCCCCCAAGAUCGAUGAGAACGGAAAUGGCAACCCCCUGUCCGCCCAGCCCAAUGCCAACAACAACUACAAUGCCUACAAGAGCGCCACCAGCAGUACGGUCAACAGCCAGAAAUUUAUAGUUGGUACUAAGUUCAAUGGAGUCUUCAAGCCAUCGAAUGCGGCAGCCACUUGGGCCACCAAUGGCAAUGGUAAUGGCACCUCGGAGGCCGAGAAUGAGGCUGCCAAGGUUGUCCUGCGUAGACCCAAGCUGGCUGAUUCACCACCACCAGCUGAGGGGGAGGACGAAAAUGUGCCCGAGUUCAUCAGGCGGCAGCGACGCAUCCAGGAGCGACUGGCCAAGGAGAAUGUGCUGGACUUUGAGAGCCGGCGCAGUGGUUACUUCACGCACGUCAUGAUCUCGCCUGACUCGCCCAAUCGCACAUCAUUUGUGGAGACCAUGGCCAGUCCGGCCAUUGUGCCCUCCCUCGAGAUUCCCGCUCCGGUGGCCGAGAAGGUGGAGGAGGAGAAGGUGGAGCCAGAAGUGAUUCAGCCUCAGGUUGCAGCUGUGGUCACAUCGGCCCUGAUUACUGAACCGGAGCCGGUUGCAGCUGUGGCUACCUCUGCCCUGAUUACUGAACCCGAGCCUGAACCCAUUGUCAGCAACGGUCACAGUGAAGAGCCAGUCACCAAUGGUCAAUCACAAAACUCUGAAGUAGCACCCGAGGAGGUGGCCAAAGCCAUUGAGCAGGUAAACCAGGCGGUAGCUGGUGAAGAUGAGGCAGAGGUGGAAGCCACACCAGAGGCUGAACCAGUUACUGCUGUGGAGCCUGCUCCAGUGGCAGCUGAAAGGAAGGCAGAGCCCGUGGUGGAGGAGUCGACACCUGCACCCGCUCCCGUAGAGGCUAAGGUGGAGGUGGUGGAGCCAGCUGCUCCCGUACAAAAUGGCCAGAAGGAGGAGGCAGUUCCUGCCACCAAUGGCGUGAAGGAGGAGGAGUCGGUCCCCGCCACAAAUGGUCACAAGGAAGAAGAGGCCAUUACCAUUUCGCACACCAACGGACAGAGUAGUGAAGUGCCGAGCUUACCCACUCCAGAUCCCAGUGGAGCUUUGGGGGUCAACUAUGAACCCAAAACCGUUGUCAGUUUCUCGCAGGAAUUGGGCGGCGGUGAGAACAAGUACCCCGAUACCGUGAAAGUGGUUACCGAGGUGCCAGCUGAAUCCAAUGGAGAGCUUAACGAGUUGACUAAACUGAAGUUCGACAUUAAGAGUGACGACCAGAAUGAAGUCCAGGUGACGCCCGUUUUGAGAGUGGACUAGGUGGAAGGAUAAGGAUCAAGAUCAGGAUCAGGAGUAGUGCAAUUUGUUUGUUAAACAAGAAACCAUCAACUAUAUUGUAUUGUAUUUUGUGUUAGCUGCUAAGUUGAUUACGAGAAAUGUUGCCAAAUUUAAUUUUAUGCUUCGCGCAUCAGUCAGUAUCGAAAGUGGAGUGAAGGUGGAGUCGAUGUGGAGUGGAGUGCCUAAUCCCCAUUAAGCCACCCAUUGAGGCCUGGUCCCCAAAAGAGUGUGUGUUUGUUUUUUAGGGACUUGCUAAACCAAACUACGUUUAUUGCAAUAGACACCAUUUGCUUUAUUUAAAUAAAUUAUUAUUAUUGAGAA